UGAGCUGAUCAUACUGUUCUCGGGAAACGGCGGAUUUGCUUACACAGCAAGGGAACUUCAAAGGAGCACUGGCGGCUGAAGGCCUGUGAGGCCAACAUGAAGGAAACACUCCCGAUUUACCUGAUUGCGCUUGCGCUUCUGACUGCAUCUGCUUCGAUUGCUCCAUAUGAGGCUUAUGAGAGGAAGCUUCGGACAGAUAUUUGUGACGACUUGGUAGACAAGUUACCUUGUGAGGACGCGACGGGUCCAUGGACUCACGUCUGCAAAGCUGCCGUUUCAGUGUCAUGCAACACCCUGGCGUAUGCCAUUGUGAUGUCCCGGCAGCUGCCAGAACAUGUAGCCGCCUUUGCUUUGCGUGGGAUUGGCAGCAACGAAGACGGGGAGAAAUGGGGCAUCAGGCAACAGACGAUCGUCCGUCCGCUCGGCUUGUCGCUCGGACUCGCAUUGUUGACUCUGGGGAGAUCGCUGUACAAUCCGCUGCUGUUCUAUCUUCCUGCUGUUCUUGUGGGAUACGCUGCUAUCCAGCCAGUGGUGCCAUAUCUUGAGAACGAGCUUGGGUAUCCCGACUCGUCAGUUCGUGCUUUGUUGACUUACGAUGGGAGCAGGAUCUCAUCGACGUUGACGGCCAUCGUUGCUUCUGCUCUGUUUGUCCUCCUUGCAUACCUUCAGCGGCAUGUAGUUGUGUGGCUCUUCGGACUCCUGCUGGGGUUGUUGAGUUUCAUCGCCAUUUUUGUUGGCACACCCUACCUCAACGAUCUUCCCAUCCAAGUUUUGAUCGGAGUCGGGAUAGCGUGUGCGUUGAUCGGAAGUUCUAUCAUGCUCUCGUUCGAGAAGACGUACCUCUGGAAGGUGUUGGCGUGUGCACUUGUGGGCUCGGUGUUGUUUACAGAUGCGAUCGGCUUGAGUCAGAUCAGCAGCUUCUUGCAAUGGAUGAUGUGCAGCGUGCUUGUCAUCUCGAGCUGUUGGCGGCAGGGAAAAACGCAGUUGGGCCCAUCCUGGUCGCGAAGGGCGAGGACGUUGGAGGAGAAGUCGGACAAGUCUAGUGUGAGCAGGAGGCGCUCAACAGGGUCUGAUUGCGAAGUUGUAAGCAUCAUCUUGUCUUCGGAUUGA